UCUGUGUUUGUCAUUGUGUGUUUGUAUUUGGCGCAGGAUUUUUAGUUUACUUCGUUUUUUUGUGCAAAUCCAUGUUGAUUUGAUAAAUUUUAGUUAAUUGAUUUGGAACUCGAUAUCACCAAUAUCAUACCGAUGAUUCUCUCAAAAGCUACAAUAUCAUUCGUAUGUGUAUUACUUUUAGUGUCUAUAUUUAUGGCAAAUUUAUUGAACAUAAUUGCUACAGAUCACAAUUUUUACUUAGAAAAUAAAAAUGAAGGGAUGAAUCAUACAAGAUAUCUAAGUAAAAAAUAUGGUCAGAUAACUGACACUACUAAGAAUAUAAUUUGGUUUCUUCAAAUAUCUGACAUUCAUAUAAGUAUUUUUCGAGAUCCUGGCAGAAUAACACAGUUUCAGCAAUUUUGUGAUAGCACAGUAAAAAAAAUCAAACCCCUUGUGGUACUGGCCACAGGUGAUUUGACUGAUGCAAAAGCUAAGGACAAUUUAGGUAGUUCUCAAGUUCAAAAAGAAUGGAUUUACUACCAUAAUAUAAUAAAAGAGUCAGGUGUUAUAGAAGAAACUGUGUGGUUAGAUAUCAGAGGAAAUCAUGAUAACUUUAAUAUCAAGACCCUUAGUUCACAAGAAAAUUAUUUUCGAAAUUAUUCUGUACAAGGUUCAACUCACGUGAAAUCAUAUGUACAUUAUGAAAAUCAAAAUGAUGUAAAUGUUGCUUUUUUGGGAAUUGAUGCUUGUCCUGAGCCUGGUCUUAGAAGACCAUUUAAUUUUAUUGGUAUUUUAGAUGUAAAAGAACAAGAAAACAUACAAAAAUUAAAAGCUGAAUCUGAAAAUAAAGCUGAUCAUAUAAUUUGGUUUGGCCAUUAUCCAACAUCAUGCAUUUUGUCUUUGAAGAGAGAUGGUCAAAAUUUUGAUUUGCGGCAACAAAUUGGAAGCAGCCGUCCAACACAAGUUUAUGUCUGUGGACAUUUGCAUGCUAUGGGCGGUCUUGUUCCCAGAAUGUAUACUAAACAGAAAAAAGGCUACUUGGAACUUGAACUUGGAGAUUGGAAAGAUAACAGAAUGUUUCGAUUAGCAGCAAUUGAUCAUGGUUUUUUUUCUUUUGUGGAUCAAAAGCACAACACAUGGCCUCUGGUUUUAGUGACUAAUCCAAAACAUGCGAGAUAUGCUAUGUCUGGGCGAGAGCCUAUACAGUUGAUUCCUGAUUCCACCCACAUAAGAAUCCUUGCUUUUAGUGAUGUUGAUAUUGACACUGUAAAAAUUUCUUUUGAUAAAAUCAGUUGGAUGAAAUGCAGGGUUGCUGAUGGACCUCUUUAUGUAUGUAAAUGGCUGCCAAAUCUUUUUAGUACUGGCAUUCAUAUUUUAUUUGUAGUUGUAACUGAUGAACAUGGCAAGACGGCGGUCAUAGAACAUCCAUUUUCUUUAGAUGGGACUUUGGUUAAUUUUGAAGUUACACCAAGGAUAUUAUUGAUGCUUGAUGCUGGUGCCGUUUUUCAGUGCACAUUUGCUACACUACUAAUUAUCAAUGUUAUGCCUCUAGUCAUAUUGAGACUCCAGAAAAAUCCACCACGAUAUCGUCGAAGUAUAUGGAACUAUGUACAUCGUCGUGUUUGGUUACUUAGUAAAAUUGACAGAUUAUUUUAUCCAAUAGUCCUAUAUGCACUGUAUACGCCAUUGGGCCCUUGGGCAGUGGGUGAAUUAAUAGAUGGUUAUGUGGGAGUUAUUUUUGCCUGGGGCAUAAUUAUAAAGGGUGUAUUUUUACCAGAACCUUUCACAUAUAUGUAUGGCAGUGUCCAGUUAAUGUUUGUUCAAAUACCUCUCAUAUUUGUACUGGCCUACUGUUUAGAUACACGUUUAUUUAGCAUCAACGUAAGAGGAAUAAAAAGAUUAUUGAAGAAUUUACCAUUUAUAUUUUUACUGUCCAUUCAGUUACUUCUAGCUUAUUUUUUCUGGUUGGAAUAUGGAACAAUGGCGUUUUUGUUGGGCCCACUUAGAACAUGGAGUGUGCCAUUGAGUAUAUUGUUAUGGUAUAAAAUAUGUACCUUGCCUCCUGAAUAUUGCAGGUAGUAAAAUGUUAAUAAUUAAUAUCAUUAUUACAGACCUUAAAUUAACAUUAUUUCAAACUACUGUAAUUUGUUACAGGAAAUUAGUAACUUUAAACGAGUUACCAUCAUAAUGACAUACCGAAUAUUGGAAGGAGAAAAAUUAGGAAUAUAUUUUAUUAAGAUGUGCAAUUAAUGGCUUCAACACAAUGGCGUUUCUAAUAGUUUCGAGCAGAACAUUUAAUUAUGAAAUGUGCAUUGUCAAUAUUGUUCAAAAUCAAGUAUUAUUUUUUUUUAAGUUCCAAAAUUAUAAGUAAGUAUAAUUAGCGAAUUAUAACUUUCACACCAAAGACAAUUGUGAGUUCUUGGAUGAUUUCAUAUAUUUCUUUUGUAGGCACAAUCGGCUUUUAAGUGUUAUCUAAAUGUGAUAGAACAAACUUGUGUAUGAGAAACUAGAAAAAGACGAAAAUGUUUCUAGAGUCGAAAAUAUUACUUAUCGAAUAUAAGUGUUGUUUGUUUAGUGACUUGAUGUGAUGCAAUGUAUUAAUUAUAUUUAAUGUUAAUAAAUAAUUAUGACUACACUUAUAAAUAAUUUUUAAGGUAUAAAACAAACAAAGAAAUUUUCUCAUUUUUCGUUUAAGCUGACAUGGCAACAAUGUACAAUGAAUGAAAAUUUGUAGUGUUAUAU